AAAAAGAAGAGCAGCAUAUUUGCACAAGCGGUCAGUACCUCCUUACCACCCCAUAUGCCAUCCUAGUUAUUAAAAAAAAUCACACUUUUAUGAUAAAUAUUGCUUCCAUUAGCAUCAAAUAUAUCACUUUAUUUAUUCAUAUCUUGAAUAAAUAACUACUUCGAAGAUUCAUCUUCACAAUUACAAUUAAACAGUCUUCAGAGACAGUAACCAAGCCAAAUGACGUCUUUAAUUAAUAAGUUCCGCAAUAUACAUGAUCAUUGGCAUAUUCCAAGCACAACCAGUGAUUAAAAGACCCUGAGAAUGUGUUUUAGCUUCUGUAGUAUCUGCUGCGUGUGAUUAAUGUCUGAUUUAGGAAACCCGAGUGCGCCUACAUGCUGUGUGUGUGUGUGUGUGUGUGUGUGUGUGUAUGUGUGUGUGUGCACUGCAGUGAGUGUGUGUUUGUGUGUUUAGUCUCUCUUUAAGACUCCUGCAGGGUAGAUGGAGAGCUGCAGCUCUUUGGACACGCCCCCCUCGCCUCUGAUUGGCUGCAGACCACCGCCUCCUUCCCCUCCUUCAUUGGUAUUCAGGUAGUACUGUCUUUGUGGAGGACAGAGGAGAGAGAGAGGGAGAGAUUUACAGGGGUAAAGGCGACUUGAGCACAACAAGACAGGCGAGCGGAGAGGGACAGACGGGUUUAGGAAGGAAAGUGAGAGAAAACUGGACUGGCUGCAAACUAGGGGUGAUUUUGAGGUGGACGGAAGAGGCUGUGAAAGUGCCACAAGGGUCUUUUGGGUCUGGUUGGUGAGUUAGACCCUGGAUUUGAACCCAGCUGGACUCAUCCGAACCCUGGACUGACGGCUCUGCUGUCUUCCCUCAUCAGAGGACGUCCUGCACUCCACUGGCCUUUACUGUGUGCGCGUGCGAGGGGUCUCUCUCCCCGCUGGGGAGGCGUGCCGUGCAGACGGACCGCUGGCGUGUGUGUGUGUACGUGUCCCUGCGUGCCAUUUCCCCCUAUGUCCUUCUUUUUGUGGCUGUGUGCGCACCAGGGCCCAGUAUAUGGAUAGAAGCUCUCUGUUCCAGCUCAUACAAGAGCAGCUGGACCCAGAGCAGACUGGUUUUAUAGCAGUGGAAAAUUUCACCAGUCUAGCUGAGCACCAUGAGUUACAGCUGGACCCCAGUAAACUGGAGAUGCUGCUGGCGCUGGUACAGAGCAAUGAACACGGACACGUCUGCUACCAGGAGCUCAUAGAACUGCUGAACAGUAAACGUUCCAGUAGUUUUCGCCGAGCCAUUGCAAAUGGGCGUCGCACCCUGCAGCGUGAGAUCCUAUUGGAUGAGACGGGGUUGGGCGUGUACAAGCGCUUCGUGCGCUACGUGGCCUAUGAGAUCCUGCCAUGCGAGACGGACCGCCGAUGGUACUUCCAUCAGAGCAGACUCUGCCCUCCUCCUGUGUUCAUGGCCAUCAUUACCAUUGUACAGAUCAUAGUGUUUAUGUGUUACGGCGUGAUGCUCAAUAAAUGGGUGUUGCAAACCUACCAGCCGGAUUUCAUGAAGAGUCCGCUGGUGUAUCAUCCCGGACACCGCGCACAAAUCUGGAGGUUCUUCAGCUACAUGUUCAUGCAUGUUGGAUUAGAGCAGUUGGGUUUCAAUGCUCUUCUCCAGCUGAUGAUAGGAGUUCCUCUGGAGAUGGUUCAUGGGAUCCUGAGGAUCAGUUUGCUGUAUAUGGCUGGAGUCGUCGCUGGUUCUCUAACGGUGUCCAUCACAGAUAUGCGCGCUCCGGUGGUGGGGGGGUCCGGCGGGGUCUAUGCACUCUGCUCAGCACAUCUCGCCAACGUUGUCAUGAACUGGGCUGGUAUGAAGUGUCCAUACAAAUUGCUACGGAUGAUUCUUGCACUUGUUUGCAUGAGUUCAGAGGUGGGCCGUGCCGUAUGGCUGCGUUUCUCCCCGCCCCUCCCCUCCUCCGGACCGCAGCCCAGUUUCAUGGCUCAUCUGUCGGGCGCAGUGGUGGGCAUCAGCAUGGGGCUUCUGAUCCUGCGGAGCUAUGAGGAGUCUCUGCAUAAACAGUGCUCCUGGUGGGUCCUCAUCUUCUCCUUCAUCACCUUCCUCCUCUUCGCCAUCUUCUGGAACAUUUUCGCUUACGAGCUGCUCGGGGUACAGAUCCCGCCCCCUCCCUGAUGACACGCCCCCCUCUGGUGGCCCCCAAAAGCCACGCCCCCCUGUCCGACACAGGUCCGACCUCAAUCUACUCCGCUCGACCAGCAGUGGAGACACAGACGUAAAAACCGGAAGGUGUGAAAGGAAAACACAUACUCACAUUCCAUACAGCAGCAGCGAACACAAACGGCAUGGUAUUAUUAAUGAACACUCGGA